UGAAAACGUCAAACGCGCUAACGAAGAAACGUCAAGGGUCAACAGCACUUUCAGUGAAACGCAUUGUUUUUCUUCAAAUUUUGGAGAAAAUCGUCGAAUAAUCUGCCCAGUAAAUCGUUUACGUAAUUUAAAAACAACUCGGCAUGGCGUCCGCCACCCCACAGGGAGCCAACCUGCUGUACGGGCUCCGCAAAUCCAAGAAGUUUACCCAGGGCUGGGGCGCCCAGCUGCCGGUGGCGUACAAAAAGUUCUGGGACGAAUGGAAGAACCAGCAGCCUGCCGCGGUGCACUAUGUUCCGAAGAAUGGAAUGUUCCAGCGGGAAGACCUCACCGGGUUGGACCCCAUCCAAAACGUACCACUGCCACUGAUUGACCCACCCGAGUCCCACGAGGAUCUGGGGUGGGAGGCCAUCGUCAAAGGGUUCCAAAAGCGAACCCCGUACAAGCGACGAGUGCCACACUUUUGGGUUCCGGUGCUGAAGCGAUCGGUUGUGCACAGCCAAGUAUUGAACGAAUACAUGGCCGUCACGGUUACGGAUCGUACGCUGGACCAAAUUCACGACAACCACGGCUUCGACCACUAUCUGCUCAAGACCCCGGCUUGCGACCUGCGCUCAAUGUUGGCCAUCAAGCUGAAGAAGAAAAUCCUCGUCGAUCUGCUGGCCGGAUGUCCAAAACUGGCCGCAGAACCCGAAAAGCAACAGGCCGCCAUCAAGGAGUUUUCCUGCUAUCUGUCCCAGUACACGCCGGAGGAAAUCGACUGGUACGGCCUCUCGUACGUGGAAGCCGUCCUCAAGAUCAAGAACCAAGUUGAGUCCCAAGCGGACAAGCGGCCCCACAAGGUCAUCUUCCGCCAGAAGCUAAUCGAACAGCUCAAAGAGGCCGGCAUCCGGGAGGCCCAGGGCACGGCCGACGAACUGAAGACGGUGGACGAUUCCAGCGCAUCCUCCUGGCUGUCGAAGCUUGCCUUCAAGCCCAAAAACUGGUAACGCCCGGCGCACGCGUCGUUGUGUAAGUAGGGAAAUCCUAAUUUGUUCUAAAUUCUUCUACUUUAGUCACUCUGGGAGAAAAUAGAGACUUGUUGAAUAGAGUACAAA